AUGGGAACCACAAUACUCUUAAGCACCUCCAUAAUCCUCACGCUCACAUUAAUUUUAACCCCCAUAAUCCUACCCCUCCUAACAAAAACCCUAAAAAAUUCCCCAACCACCAUCACUUAUGCCACUAAGACAGCGUUCCUAACCAGCCUAGUACCCAUAGUAAUCUUCAUAUACUCAAACACAGAAAGCAUUACCACCUGCUGAGAAUGAAAAUUCACCGCAAACUUCAAAAUCCCAAUUAGUCUAAAGAUAGAUCAGUACUCAAUCAUAUUCCUCCCUAUUGCAUUAUUUGUAACCUGAUCUAUCCUACAAUUCGCAACAUGAUACAUAGCCUCAGAACCAAACAUCACAAAAUUCUUUUCCUACCUAUCCACUUUCCUAAUCGCCAUACUAACCCUAACCCUAGCCAACAACAUAUUCCUCCUAUUCGUGGGCUGAGAAGGAGUGGGAAUCAUGUCGUUCCUACUAAUUGGAUGAUGACACGGACGAGCAAAAGCCAACACAGCUGCCCUACAAGCCGUACUUUACAACCGAAUCGGGGAUAUUGGCCUCAUCAUCAGCAUAGCAUGAAUAGCAUCAACCCUGAACACCUGAGAAAUCCAACAAGCCUUCUCCCACACACACACCCCCAUACUCCCCCUUAUAGGCUUAAUUCUAGCAGCCACCGGAAAAUCAGCCCAAUUCGGCCUACACCCAUGACUCCCAGCCGCCAUAGAGGGUCCCACCCCCGUCUCCGCUUUACUCCACUCCAGCACCAUAGUAGUAGCCGGAAUCUUCCUACUAAUCCGAACCCAUCCCAUACUAUCCGACAACCAAACUGCCCUAACUACAUGCCUAUGUCUAGGCGCACUCUCCACACUAUUUGCCGCUACAUGUGCUUUAACCCAAAACGAUAUCAAAAAAAUCAUCGCCUUCUCCACAUCCAGCCAACUAGGCCUAAUAAUAGUGGCCAUCGGACUAAACCUCCCUCAACUAGCCUUCCUUCACAUUUCAACUCAUGCAUUCUUUAAAGCCAUACUAUUCCUAUGUUCUGGCUCAAUCAUCCAUAACCUAGCCGGAGAACAAGACAUUCGAAAAAUGGGAGGCCUACAAAAAACACUACCAACAACCACAUCUUGCCUAACCAUUGGCAACCUAGCACUAAUAGGAACCCCCUUCCUAGCAGGAUUCUACUCAAAAGACCUAAUUAUCGAAAACCUAAAUACCUCCUACCUAAACACAUGAGCACUUACCAUAACCCUCCUAGCCACAUCCUUCACAGCAACCUACAGCCUCCGCAUGACAUCCCUAGUCCAAGCAGGAUUCACCCGAAUCUCCCCAACAACCCCAACCAACGAAAACAACCCACUAAUCAUCAACCCCAUUCUACGCCUAGCCCUAGGCACCAUCCUAUCAGGCCUACUCAUCACAUCCUACAUCAUCCCCACAAAAACUCCUCCCAUAACCAUACCCACAAUUACAAAAACUGCAGCUAUCCUAGUCACAACCCUAGGCAUUAUUUUAGCAUUAGAACUAUCAAACAUAACCCACACCCUAACACACCCCAAACAAAACAUCUACUCAAACUUCUCCAUCAACUUAGGAUACUUCAACCUGCUAACUCACCGCCCUAGCACCACAGGCCUAUUAAACCACGGACAAAAAUUUGCCCUCCACCUAACCGACCUGUUCUGGUACAAAAAAAUAGGCCCCGAAGGACUUGCCGACCUGCAACAAAUGGCCACAAAAACUUCAACAACCCUGCACACAGGACUAAUCAAAACAUAUCUAGGAUCUUUCGCCCUAUCAAUCCUAACCAUCCUACUCACACUCAAAAGA